CAAGAUAAAGUAGAAAAAAGGUAAACAAAUAAAAAGCCAAUGACUAUAAAAAGAUGCUCAAGUUUGGGAGCCAAGAGGACAGAGUCGUCUCAAAGUAGAAACAUGAAGAAGUCUGGUAACAAGUAUUGGGAGAAUUUGAAAGUAGACUGCUGGAUGUACUGUUCCGGGCUCAUCAUGGCUUCCCCCCCCACUGUGUUGAUGCGGCUGGUGGCCUCAGCGUAUGCCAUCGCUCAGAAGGCGGGAGCCAUAGUCAGAUGUGUCAUUGCUGAAGGGGACCUGGGCAUCGUGCAGAAGACCUCAGCCACAGACCUGCAGACCAAAGCAGACCGCUUGGUACAGAUGAGCAUAUGCUCUUCCCUGGCACGGAAGUUCCCUAGGCUGACAAUUAUAGGGGAGGAGGACCUGCCUCCCGGGGAAGUGGAUCAGGAGCUGAUUGAAGACGGGCAGUGGGAGGAAAUCCUGCAGCAGCCGUGCCCAUCACAGUACAGCGCUAUUAAGGAGGAAGACCUUGUGGUUUGGGUUGACCCCUUAGAUGGCACCAAGGAAUAUACUGAAGGUCUGCUUGACAACGUCACGGUCCUAAUUGGGAUUGCUUAUGAAGGAAAGGCCAUCGCAGGCAUCAUCAACCAGCCAUAUUACAACUACCAGAGCAAUGAAAAGGAGAAGUUGAGGGAACAGAGGAAUAAAGUGAAGGCAGGCCCCGACGCUGUGCUGGGCAGGACCAUCUGGGGAGUUCUGGGUUUGGGUGCUUUUGGGUUUCAGCUGAAAGAAGCGCCCGCUGGGAAGCACAUCAUCACGACCACCAGGUCCCACAGCAACAAGCUGGUCACAGACUGCGUUGAGGCCAUGAACCCUGACAAUGUGCUCCGAGUGGGGGGAGCAGGAAACAAGAUCAUCCAGCUGAUUGAAGGCAAAGCCUCUGCUUAUGUAUUUGCAAGUCCUGGCUGUAAGAAGUGGGAUACUUGUGCCCCAGAAGUUAUCUUGCAUGCUGUGGGAGGGAAGUUGACAGACAUCCACGGGAACGCCCUCCAGUACAACAAGGAGGUGAAGCACAUGAACUCGGCAGGAGUCCUGGCCGCACUGAGGAAUUAUGAGUACUAUGCAAGCCGAGUUCCAGAGUCUGUCAAAAGCGCGCUCACUCCCUGAAAGGUGCUUCGCUCUCUUACCCCGGAGGACUUGGUUCUCACAGUAACACAUCUUAGAGCUGAUGAACAAUCAGAGCUCAGCUGCAUUCAUCGUUGAUCGGUGAUUUAGAUCAGUAGUUGGGGUGGAACAUGGGAUUGAAGAAUAUCACUUUCCGUAGUCUAAUAGUCUCAUAACUUAGGCAUAUAAUACUUUUUAAUUCUCAUUGCUCCUCCCUAAAAAUAAUUGACCAGGUCCCCAGGAGCGGUGGCACAUGUGGCAGUCAUAGCUGUUCCAGUGGUUUGAGCUAGGAAGAUUGCUUGGGCCCAUGGCCUCAAGACCAGCCUCUAUUACAUAGCAAGACACUUCCUAAAAACAGAGAAGAAAAACAAAAAAGGAGUUUAGUUUUAUUAAUUAGCUAACCAGACCAACCACUUGUUUUGAAGUCUGGAUAAUUUUUAGUUUCAAGGUCUUAAGUGGUCUUAGUUUUUUUUUGGUUUUUGUUAUUGUUGCUUAUUUUGGUUUUUUGUUGU